AUGUCCACCAAGAGCUUCAUCUCAGCGGAUCGUACCAACAAGGGUACUCUGCCGCUUACAAUACUCCGUUGUAUAUUCAAGUCAAAUCAAAUCAUCGCUUCCAGCAUGACUUCUAACUUAGAAGCGUUCGGCUAUAAUCCAGCACAUGGUAGCUUCGCGGCAUUGUCUUCUCAGAUAACCUCAAAUACCAAUGAUGUGAAUGAAGGGUUCCUCUUGUACUAAUUUCAAUUACAGUUGCGAUAAUAACUUCAUCAGUAGGGUAAAACUAACUCUCACGGCAGCCUAAACCCAGCUCACGU